AUUGCAUACAGCUUUUGCUCUCUUCAAUUCAGUUAUUCAUUCUCCAAAUUUCCAAAAAAUGUUCAACCGUCUAGGUGCUCUCACAACACGCCGCGCAGGUGUUCGUCGCGGGCUGGAGGAGUUUUUCGAGAAGGGCCAACGGCUGCCCGUGAAGCAGGAUCCGACGGGGCGUGCGUGGGCGGCGAGCGAGCUGCGGCAAAAGAGCUGGGAGGACCUGCAGAAGCUGUGGUAUGUCGUGCUGAAGGAGCGCAAUGUGCUGGCGAGCCAGGUGGAGGAGGCGGCGAGGCUGAAGAUUCCGCCGCAGUUUUUCUCCAACAGGAGCCGGAUCAUAAAGUGCAAGAAGACGAUGGCCAGGAUCAAGACGGUGCUGAAUGAACGCCGACUGGCAUGGGAGAAGACCGAGCAGGCGAAGGAGGAGGCCGAGAGGCAGAUGCGGAUGAAGAUCAGGGCCGCCAGGAUCGGCGAGAAGAAGCCGGAGGCUGUUGCCGCGGAGACUGCUGCUGCCGCUGCCGAGAAGGCGCCGGAGCCAACAACGGUCUGACGCAGCAUUGCAAUCGUCUAGAGCAGGUUACAAUAAAUCGAGCUGUCUUGCACAUAUUGCCGAUGUCUGUGCAUGCUGGAAAUGGAUGGUUUCGGUGACUUGUUAUUUGGACAAAGAGAUAAACAUAGAGCUAAGC